UCUGCCUAUGCCUGACAUCUCUCCGUUGCACUCUGCCCCACGCAAAUAACAUGCGUGCAGUAUCCCACCCACAGAGAGGAACUGUGGUUCAGACCAGCGUUUCUGCUUUUCGGCAAAAAGUCUUCCUCCCUACCUGCCUGGCUCCUGUCUACUGUUCUGCCGCAGCUUUUUUUUUUCCCAGAUGAAGAGUUUCUCAGCCAGCUGACAUCUGAGCCCCAACAUGAGCAUACGGAAGCUAAGUUUCAAAUGGUUCGGCAGCCUUACCAACCUCUCCUUUCGCCGCUCCACUGAGAAAUCAAAGUCGAAGUCUGGAGAUGACGGUGACUGCAGUGCCGCCUCCUCAUCGACCCUGAGUCCAGUCGUUGAGGCAACGGUGGACGACAUGGGGGCGAUGCGUCCUCGCACUGCCAGCUACGUCCGCUCCAGUGAGGGCUACACCCACGUUGGCACGUUGCCACGGCUACUGAUGAGGAAGAAGGACAAGGGUAGUAAAGGAUGCCCCAGCAGUUCUAAAAAGGGUAAAGACAAGAGCGGCAUCGGAAGAAGCCAGAGCCAGAGACCUGCAGGGGACAAAAACUGUGUGUCUCUGAGAAACCAAGAUGUCUCAUCCAAAACUGUAGAUGUGGUCGACGGUGGACUUAACCAACACUCCCCAAUCGGCCCCAGCACACUUCCUGAGCCCAAAGUUGAAAGUAACGCCACAAAUACCCAAAACAAGGACCCUGUACCCACAGCUGCUUGUGAGGAUGUGUCGCCAUCUGGUGGCUCAAGCUCAGCUCUCCAGCCAGAGGAAGGCAUCACUCAGACAGGUGCAAACUCGAAUGGUGAAUCCAUGAAAGAGGCCUCAUCUCCCCCACUUAGCCAGGGGAAUGGUGAAACUCAUAAGGAUGUUGGGCCUGUGUCUGAACCGGAGGAGCAGGUGACGGGGAACAAAGACGAGACAGAAGGAGCUGGCGGAGGGGACUCGGACGGCAUUUACAGCUACAUGAUGCCUAUAAAUACAAAGACAGAACAAGCUGAGUUCUCCAAGGAGAAGUACCUGUUGGAGUCUCCUCCCGAGAAACUUCGCAAGGAGCUGGAGGAGGAGCUGAAACUAAGCCCUGCUGACAUAAGGAGCCAUGGCUGGUACCAUGGACACAUACCCAGAGAGGUGUCAGAGACUCUGGUUUUACGUAAUGGAGACUUCCUUGUGCGUGAUUCACUGACCAGUGUGGGUGAUUAUGUUUUGACCUGUCGAUGGGAUAACGAGGUGCUGCACUUCAAGAUCAGUAAAGUCCUGGUCAAAUCCAGUGAGACUAAGGUGCAGUACGUCCUGGAGGCGGACAGCUUCGAUUCGGUCCAGGAGCUCGUGCGGUUUUACGUGGGCCAACGCAAGCCGGUUUCCCAAUCCAACGCUGUCCACAUCUACUGUCCGGUCAGCAGGACCGUCCCCCUGCGGUACCUGGAGGCCACCUUCGCCCUCUCCAUGAGCAAGCAGGGCUCGGCCUACUCCCCGUCCAGCCAGAGGGGGGCGUACAUCAAGAGGAGGAGCGUCACCAUGACCGACGGGCUGACGACGGAGAAGAUAAUACCUCACAGUGACUCAGACAGCCCCAGUCCGGUUGAGACACCAGUGGCACCGCCGGAACCAGAGACGGAGCCUGUGCCGAGCUGCAGCCCGUCGACCAUCCACCACCAUAAAGACGCCAUGCGGAACUGUGCAAUGAGCAUGGACCAGAUUCAGGAGUAUCGGUGCCCUUUGUCGCCUGUUGGGGAGACCCCACUGUCUCCCGCUUAUAGCGCUAUCACCAGGCAAAGAGCCCACUCCGGCGGGCGGAUUCUGGCCGUCGUCCCUCCCUCCCCGGCGAUGCGUCGUUCCAGUGAACCUCAGCUCAGCCCCUCGGCCGGGGACAUCCCUCCGGAGCAUCCCGCGCGCACCUCGCACUCGGCGCACUCCUCGCCCGCCCAUCACCCCAGCUACCCGUCGCAUUCCUCGGAAUCGGCGGGAAGCUACUGCGACCUCGGACCUUGCCCCGCCGGGCCGCCCAAACCCCCGACUAAGGGCUACGUAGAGCGACUGCGCGUUGAGGAAAGGAGGGCGGAGGGCGCGAGAGAGGAAGGGGAGGGGACGUUCAGCGCCCCGCAGGUGGAGACGGCCUCGUCCUUCAAGCCAUCCAGGUACGAGUCUUCCCUCAUGCCAGCCGAGAAUAAGCCUCUGGAGAUGUCCGUGCUGAAGAGAGUCAAAGAGCUGCUGGCUGAGGUGGACGCAAGGACCGCAGCCAAACACAUCACCGUGAUGGACUGCAAGGUUGCAAGAAUAUUAGGCGUAACCACAGAAACGCAAAGGAUGAUGGGAGUGUCCUCUGGGCUCGAGUUGCUGACGCUACCACACGGACACCAGCUGAGACUUGACCUACUGGAGAGGUUCUACACCAUGUCUAUUAUGAUGGCUGUGGACCUCCUUGGCUGUACAGGAAGUACAGAGGAGAGGGCAGCCCUGCUCCACAAGACCAUCCAGCUAGCAGCGGAGUUGAAAAGCAACAUGGGAAACAUGUUUGGUUUUGCCGCUGUGAUGAGAGCCCUGGAGCUGCCACAGAUUUCCCGCCUGGAGCAGACGUGGGUAACUCUACGCCAGAGACACACAGAGGGCGCCAUUCUGUAUGAGAAGAAGCUCAAACCGUUCAUAAAGAAUAUGAACGACGGCAAAGAAUCCAGUGCUCUGUCCAACACCUCCUUCCCUCACAUCAUUCCCGUCCUGUCUUUGCUGGAGCGCGGCGUGGCUCUCGGCGAGACGCUGGAGGCCUGGGAAAGCUCAGAGGUGGGAGUGGAUGUGGUCAUGUACCACCUGGAGGCAGCUCGUACCAUCGCACAUCACGGGGGAAUCUACAGAACCAAUGCAGAGACCAAAUUGCAGGGAUUUCAGGAGCGCGCAGAGAUAAACGAGAUCUUCCAGACGGAGUUUCAGAUGCGUCUCCUGUGGGGCAGCCGCGGCUCCGAGGGCAGCCAGUCGGAGCGCUACGAGAAGUUCGACAAAGUCCUCACCGCCCUAUCGCACAAGCUAGAGCCUCCCGUGCGCCAGAGCGAGCUAUAGCACCCGCAGCGGCAUCAUCGAUGAAACACUCCCCGAUUUGCACUCGACGCUCGCGGUGGUACGGUCCUGUUUAGCAUCGUAAAAGGAGGACGUGGGAGCUAGGACACUGGGAGGAGUGAGGGUGAACGAAGAGGCAGCUAAAAAGAGCGCGUGCGGUGAGCACCGGGAAUACGGAGAGAAGGCAUCUCACCUAUAACAUGUGUUGCACUCACUAUUGACUCAACGUAAGGCACAGACGGUUCUCCUAUUCCUCUCUAUGGACUUUAAAAUAUUUAAGGGAGAGGUGACAAGCUAAGAAGGAAAAGAAGACGGGGGAUAAGGGUGGCCGGCUCUUCUGGACGUGUGUACGGUAUUCUUCAAGGGCCAAACUGAGCUACGAAAAUUGGCUUCGCUCCAGGCGCUCAACUGCUGUCACACACUUUAGCCAAAAUAACAACAAUAACUUACAUAGGUCAUAUAUAGAUGUUUAGUCUGUGCGAGUGUGCGUGUAUGUAAGAGUCUUCCUCUUUUUUUUUUUCUUCUUUUUUUGUUACAUACAUUGUUCUUUUGUUGUCUUAUUUGUUGGUUUUGAUCAAAAGACAACAAGCAUCACGGACACUGCAUCGUGAAACUCUCGGGACCGUGUCAGCGCUCAUUCUGAGGAAACCCUGUUCGUGAAAUCUCAUUAAAUAUGUAUCAAGCAGUCCCAUUGAAUCCCAUUAAAAAUGUAUCGGGCAUGCAUUAAUAAAUGUACCCAGAGUGGGGCAUUUGCAGGAGUAACGGCGGUGUCUCCACUGCGCGGGCUUUUGCGCGUUUUCUAAGAGCGUUAAAAGAACAAAGCCGCCGACGUCUCUCGCUACCAUAGCAUUCAAUGUAGUGUGUCCUGUGUGCAAAAUGUUGUCGCAGCCAGCAAUUAUGACAGAAAUACUUUAAAUUUACUUAAAGCAAGGUUUCACUUAGUAUAUGCACACGUUUGGACAUGGAUUGGUUUCUAACUCAAAUAAUUCAAAUGGCUGAUGCAUGCAUCUGUAAAUGUUAUGCCAAGUCAAAUGUUGCUUUAAUAAUUUAAAAUUAAAGAAAGUUGUGAAAUAUAAUAGUAUUAAAAACAAAUUGUCUCGGUACCAGUCACAAUUGAAAACUUACUCUUUCGAUUCAAUUUUGUUUCUUUUCAGCCUUAAAAUGGAAUGAGUCUAAGGAUGUGUACACAGCGGCUGUGCUUAAGAGAAUGUCUCAUGGUUGUAUGUGUUGAAUUUGUGUCACAGCAAUAGAGCUAAAAUAACUGGAAUAAUCUGACUUCUUUGGGAGUAUAUUUUGCUUGACCAUUUAGUGUUGCAGAAUUGCUGUUUUUAAGAGGCCUGAGAGGGCUGGAGCCCACUCUCAGAGCUAUGCAAUCGCGCCAUUCAAGGGCUGAGACGACCCUGACGAACCUAUUCACGAUAUUUAAGGGAAUCUUCAAUCACUAGCCUUUCUUAUUCAAUCUGAUGAUCUAUAUAUGAUGAACAUAGCCAGAUAUCAGUCAAAGACAAAUAACGCUUCUGCAUUAAAGUUCUUGGAGAGUCUUAAGUGGAUGGUUGCGUUUAAAUCCCAGUUUUCUAGUCUGAAACCAGCUGUACGGAAGCAGAGGUCAUGAGGCGAGGAGCCGCGUGUCAGUUCAGUUCCCACUGCGAUCCAGCAGGGGGUGAUCUUUAGUGAGAAAACAAAAAUACAAAAAACAGAAUCAGUAAUUGUAAUAUUGAAGACAUACACAAAGAGAAAUGAUCGUGUGUGUUCUGAGACCAAGAGGAUGCCUACUGGUUUAGGUCUGAUUGCUGAUGCCAUUGAUGAUGUAAAUCGUUUGUAUUUGUCCUCUGUCGAAUGCUGUACAGGAAUGCUCUGUGGUUCUCCUGUGUUGAACAGACCGUAUGAGAUGAACUUGAAACGCAAAAAAAAAGAAAAAAAGAAAUGAUUUAGGUCUUGUCUCAUGUAUUUUUUUUUUUUUUUUUACGUACUGUACAUAGCAAUUCACUUUUUUUCAAAUAAAACGAUUGCUUGUGUUGACGA